AGACAAGGCUGGACUCAGAAUUCCGGCGGUCCAGGCUCCAUUUCUAGAUCAGGUGAGCAACCCGGGACAGAUAGACAAGGCGGCUGGGUUCAGGGUUCCGGUACAGUGUCGAUUUCCAGAUCAGGUGAGCAACCCGGGGCAGAUAGACAAGGCUGGGCUCAGAGCUCCGGCGGUCCAGGCUCCAUUUCUAGAUCAGGUGAGCAACCCAGGGUAGAUAAACGACCAGGCUGGGUUCAAAGCUCCAGUACAGGCUCGAUUUCCACAUCAGGUGGGCAACCCGGGGCAGAUAGACAUGGCUGGGUUCAGAGUUCUGGCAGUUCAGGCUCAAUUUCGAGAUCAGAUGUGCAACCCGGGGCAGAUAGACAAGGCUGGGUUCAGGGUUCCAGUCCAGGCUUGAUUUUGAGAAUUGAUGAACAAGCCGGUACAGACAAACAAGGCUGGCUUGAGAAUUCCGGCGGUCCAAGCUUGAUUCUGAGAUAUGGUGAGCAACCCAGGGUGUUUAGACAAGGCCGUCGACUACCUCCAAGUAUGACGGGUGUUGAUGAAGGAGGUGCAUCUGCAUCUGCAUCUGCUGACGGCUUUCCAAUUAAUAUCACGACGUCAGGUGAAUUUGAUCGAACUGGUGAUUCGGCUGGCAGUUCUGAGGCAGCACUUAACAUUGACAUUGGGCAACUUGAAAGAGAAAUCAAUGCAGAUGCUCGUGAAAGUCGGCGGAUCGUAUUCAAAGGUUCGGGACUUCCGGCUGACCAGCAUUCAGACUGGACUAGCACAUCGUCGUUCGGCACUCCAAGCUGGACAACAACCUCGUGGACGUCACGUUCCACCAGCACAAGCUCAAGUACCACUCCUCAAAUGACUACAACCAGCCCCCCUACCACGACUAGUACCACAACUACAAGCACUACUAUCCCCCCGAGGACCACAACCAUCCCCCUUUUAACCACCACUAGUACAAGCACCUCGACCACUACCCCGACUACAACUUUGGCCAUAACCACAACUACAACACCUUUCAUGAUCGUAUGUCCAAAUGGUACUCGAACCACUCCGAAGCAAUUCAUGCCUAUGGACAGUGUCUCGAUCAAAGGAAACGGAAAGCAGAAUCGACGGGACCGUGGUGUGAUGCGGAAGGAGGAAUGCGAGAGCAUAGCUCAGCGCGAAUGUCUACAGGGUUAUUUGAUGGCCGACAACGGUACUUGCUUUACACUGGACACGGUCGACGGCUUCACCAGGGGGGGUGAGCCCAAUAUUGAGGACAGUUUUGUCAGUGACGAAGUGGACGCAUCUUUUGUGCGAAAUCUACGCAAGCGAUGUGAUCCAAAUAAAUAUAAUCACUUCCAAUAUAUAUUCAAAUCUGGUCCUGAGAAUAUAAUGUACUCUUUCAUACCGGUCAAUAAAUCCAUGUAUGCAAAAAUGGGCUAUAAAGGUCGUCGUAGUCGUUAUUCGUGUUAUUACUAUCGCCGAAAGCUUUGCCAGGAGACGUGCCCUCGUUCGCAUACAUUCUUUGUGAAAUCUGCAAAAGAUUUGGAAAAUGCAGCAACCGCAAUCGCCGAAUACAAUCGGAUGGCACCCCCCGAGAUACCGUCGUUACGUCAGUUCAAUAUGGGAUUCUAUUUCGCCCCGAAUAAUCGCUCAACCUGGGAGGAUGGAUCACCGUAUCACCCGACCGUGUGGCCCAGUUUUCCUGGCUCGACACGUCGGAUUAACGCGCAUUCUUGUGUUAAUUUCAAUUAUAAGACCGGUCAGUUCUUUCUGAUCUGUAAACCCUAUCUCGGUAGUUGUUAUGUUGAAUAUGAUGUUGCUCUGUGUGAACAUCGUUGUGUAAGUUUUCAAAUUCGUUCUCACUUCUAUUCAAGUCACUUCAAAAAACCAUAUUCUAUUAAAAACACUCGAACUAAAUCAUAUCAGUUGAGAAUUACAGUGAAAAAUAUCUCAACAUAUUCAAUUUAUUUGUAUUUGCAAAAAAUAAUUUUCAGACAAAUUGCUAAACUGGAUUCAUUUACUGGAAUACUAUCAACAAGGAUAUGCAUAACGAAGUGA